GGCCCAGAAACCACACAGAAGUCCUUUCUUCUUUUCUCCACUUAAAAAAUAAGGUGUGUUAUUCUGCGGUAGAAAACUUGGGACACACAGAAACGCCCUGGCAAGGACAUGACCUCCCCGCCCCCUGCCCCUUCAUCCCAUCAGCCAGCCAUAGCGCGGGGACCCUGCCCUGACCCCGGGAUGACCUUGAACAAGUCACCGUCCCCUCCAGGGGCCUAGCCGGGUCCGCAGGGGAGGCCCGGGCCGCCUUGGGUUCCAGCUGCCAGGAGCCCUUUCACCUUCUGCUUUGGGGAGAUGCAGGCCGGGCCCAUCAGGCUCCAAUCAUCCGGGGCCCGGCCUCUGAUGGGAUGCCCUCCCAGACCCUCCAGGACCCCAGCCAUCUGCCGGAGGCGCCAGUCCUGGUCAGAUUUGCCUGUAUCUCCCUGGCCCCUGCAGGGUGGUCCUGGGUCAGCAGGAGGAACCCUGCCUGGGUCCUGCCUGAGCUCAGGGCCUGGCUGGCCUCAGCUCCCCUUCUGGGAAGAGUGUAUGGAACCUAGCAACUCACAGAUUGCAGCGAGACCCUCUGUGCCCACUUUGGGCUUCAGGUUGUGGUGGUCCCGGCUCAGCCUUGGGGCAGGGUGAGAGCUAAGGGGUCUGAGGACCACCCCAGUCGCUGGGAGGUGGGGUGCACAGUGGUCCCCUCCCCCGAGGAAAGGCCUCGACCAGCAGCUGCAGAAGAGAUGCUGAUGCUUGGAGCUCCGCCCAGGAAUGGCAGCAGAGGGGUGUUGGCUGUUCCCAGGGUGGCUGGCUCGGGGCCAGAGCCCUGGUGGGAGCCCAGCCUGCCCCUCUAGUGGCGAGGGCCUCAGUUUCCUGGCCUUGUGAACUGCUUUUCUGGGUUAGUGCUGUGGGGCUCCUGGCCCAUGGUCUGAGCCUGCUGGGCUGAGGACCACUGUGCUGUUCUCAUCCCCUGGGUGACCUUCCCUAUCCUCCAAGUGGCUACACCGGGAGCUGGUCCCCACCUGCCCCUGCAAAGCCCCAGCCCAGGUCCUGGAUGGUGGGGCCACCUCCACACUCAAGCUUUUCCCGUCCAUCUGUGCCAGGCCCGGGAGCCAGGGUGGGCCAGGGAGCACUGUGGGGGCCUUGCAGAGCAGCUGCUUGGGACCCCAGGAUCCACAGCAGGGUCAGGGAUGGCAGCUGGGGAAGCUCAAGACCUAGGGGAGAGCUGGGCAAGGUGGCUCCUGCCUGUAAUGCCAGGACCUUGGGAGCCUUUAUGGGAGGGUCACUUGAAGCUGGGAGUUCGAGGCUGCAGUGAGCUGUGACUGGACCACUGCACUCCAGCCUGGGCAACACAGCAAGACCCUGUCUCAAAAGAAUAACAACAACGAAAGAGCUGGGGGAUGAACCAGAGCUGGCCAGGCGGAAAUAGGCCCUGGCCCAAGCCCAGUCGGGGCUCUGGGGAGCAGAACUGGGGCCGGCUCCCAGGCCUCAGGGUCCGCUGCAUCUUCCUGGCCUGGCUGGGCGUCUUUGCAGGCAGCUGGCUGGUGUACGUGCACUACUCGUCCUACUCGGAGCGCUGUCGUGGCCAUGUCUGCCAGGUGGUCAUCUGUGACCAGUACCGCAAGGGGAUCAUCUCGGGCUCCGUCUGCCAGGACCUGUGUGAGCUGCAUAUGGUGGAGUGGAGGACCUGCCUCUCGGUGGCCCCGGGCCAGCAGGUGUACAGCGGGCUCUGGCGGGACAAGGAUGUCACCAUCAAGUGUGGCAUUGAGGAGACCCUCGACUCCAAGGCCCGGUCGGAUGCGGCCCCCCGGCGGGAGCUGGUACUGUUUGACAAGCCCACCCGGGGCACCUCCAUCAAGGAAUUCCGGGAGAUGACCCUCAGCUUCCUCAAGGCGAACCUGGGAGACCUGCCUUCCCUGCCGGCGCUGGUUGGCCAGGUCCUGCUCAUGGCUGACUUCAACAAGGACAACCGGGUGUCCUUGGCGGAAGCCAAGUCCGUGUGGGCCCUGCUGCAGCGUAACGAGUUCCUGCUGCUGCUGUCCCUGCAGGAGAAGGAGCACGCCUCCAGACUGCUGGGCUACUGUGGGGACCUCUACCUCACCGAGGGCGUGCCGCAUGGCGCCUGGCACGCGGCCGCCCUUCCACCCCUGUUGCGCCCACUGCUGCCGCCUGCCCUGCAGGGUGCUCUCCAGCAGUGGCUGGGGCCUGCGUGGCCUUGGCGGGCCAAGAUCGCCAUCGGCCUGCUGGAGUUCGUGGAGGAGCUCUUCCACGGCUCUUACGGGACUUUCUACAUGUGUGAGACCACGCUGGCCAACGUGGGCUACACAGCCACCUACGACUUCAAGAUGGCCGACCUGCAGCAGGUGGCACCCGAGGCCACCGUGCGCCGCUUCCUGCAGGGCCGCCGCUGCGAGCACAGCGCCGACUGCACCUACGGGCGCGACUGCAGGGCCCCGUGUGACAGGCUCAUGAGGCAGUGCAAGGGCGACCUCAUCCAGCCCAACCUGGCCAAGGUGUGCGCACUGCUACGGGGCUACCUGCUGCCUGGCGCGCCCGCCGACCUCCGCGAGGAGCUGGGCACACAGCUGCGCACCUGUACCACACUGAGCGGGCUGGCCAGCCAGGUGGAGGCCCAUCACUCACUGGUGCUCAGCCACCUCAAGACUCUGCUCUGGAAGAAGAUCUCCAACACCAAGUACUCUUGAUGGGGCAGUGAGGGGCCUGGCCACCCUUCCUGGAGCUGGCCAGGCGCCAGGGUCCAGCCCUCCCUCAAGGGAUCCUGUCAGAAGAUGUGAAAUGCAACUCUGUUGCAAAAUCACUCCCCUACCGUCAGGGCUCUGGAUUCCAACACCACAGACAUGAGACCCCAGCUCAGAGCAAAGGCGGACAUGGACAUCCCGGCAGGAGAGUCCUCCAAGGGGGUUUGUUACUCUGAAGAACGUAAUGUCAAUAAACAGCUUUUAUGUAA